AUGAGCCAGUCGGAGCAUCCAGAUUCCGAGCACACGAUAGAGCCGACAGAGAUGUCUUCGCAAUAUAGCGGCGAGCCUGUCAAGAAUGCAGAAGACGUCCGCGCUGAGUCAUCAUCACCAGAGAAGUCGAAAACCGAACAACCCCCCAGCGAGGCUCCAUACACUGUCCUAGACGAAUGGAAGAAGAUUUCCGUCAUCAUCACCGCAUCAUUUCUGGGCUUGGUGUCUCCCAUCUCAGCCAGCACGUACUUUCCCUCUAUCAACCAAAUCUCCAGCGAUCUCCACAAGUCGAUACCUCUGAUCAACCUGACUGUCACAAUGUACAUGAUAUUUCAGGGGAUCGCUCCGUCCUUUGUCGGGUCCAUCUCCGACGCCAAGGGCCGGAGACCGGUCUACGUGUGCUGCCUGACCAUCUACCUCGCCGCAAACAUAGGUUUGGCCCUGCAGACGAACUACGCCGCGUUGAUGGCCCUGCGAUGCCUGCAAAGCUCGGGAAGCAGCGGCACCAUCGCGCUCGCCAGCGCUCUCGUGGCCGACAUCACCACGCGAGCUGAGCGAGGAAAAUACAUCGGAUAUGCCACAAUGGGCGUGACCCUUGGACCGGCGAUCGGACCACUGGUGGGGGGUGCCAUCGCCGAGUCGCUUAACUGGCACUGGGUGUUUUGGAUCCUGUCCAUGCUUGCCGGGGCGUUGAUCUUGGUGGUCCUUUUGUUUCUGCCAGAGACGUGCCGAAGUGUAGUCGGAAAUGGCAGCGUGCCUCCCCCCAAAUGGAAUCGCCCACUCCUGCGGUCGAAGGGCCCUUCGAUACCUGCAAUGCCUUCGACUUUGACACCUAGGCGCCGGCGGCCAAGUCCUCUCCAGUCUCUUGAGCUGAUUUGCCACAAAGAAGCCGCCAUCAUCCUCAUCUAUGGCGGGCUCAUGUACGCUGGGUAUUUUCUGGUCCUCAGCACGCUGACGUCCCAGCUUUCAGAGCGCUACAGCAUGAACGCCCUCAAGAUCGGGCUCUGCUACCUCCCCAUUGGCAUGGGCAGCCUAACUUCGCGCUGGACGUUGGGAAUAUUGCUGGACCGAAAUUUCAAGCGUACAGCCGCAAGAGAAGAGAUAUCGAUCGUGGCCAACAGGCAACAGGAUGUCGACAACUUUCCGAUCGAGAAGGCCCGUCUUCAAGUAUCGCUUCCAUGUAUCGGCCUAGCUUGCCUGACCAUCCUGGCAUACGGCUGGGUUAUGGAAUACAAGACCCCCUUGGCUGGUCCACUCGUCGUGCUAUUCUUCCUCGGCCAUUUCAUCACCGGCAGUUUUAGUUCUUUCAACACACUGAUUGUCGACUUAUAUUUUCAAACCCCUGCGACGGCGACCGCAUCCGGCAAUCUCGUCCGGUGCCUUCUCGGCGCGGCGGCUACGGCCAUUGCGUCGCCUCUGAUCAAUGCCGUAGGCAUAGGAUGGGCGGGUACUAUCGUUGCUGCGGUAUGGAUUGUCUUGUCACCGUUUUUGUGGCUGGUGUAUGCGAAGGGAUGGGAUUGGCGAAAGAAGAAGAUCCAAAAGAAGCGUGAGCGAGAGGAACGGGCGAGGGCUCGGCUUCAGCCCAGUACGUCCAAGCAGUGUUAUCACCGCAUGCCUUGA